UUCAUCAUCAUCAUUCCAGAAAUACAAACGGUUAUAAUCAAUUGAAUUAGGGAUAGGCGAAAAUAUUCGAGGCACGGCACUUGGCACUGCCGAUCGUGCUACGAGCUCUGUAGCUGGCGUGCAGAAGAACGCUGAUGUGGCAACGAAGGGCCGUGCUGAGAUUGCGGAGGGUAUGGCGAGGAUGAAAGGUCAUGCGCCUGCGGCUCAAGUUGCCCCUGCUGGAACAGCCUCCCCUGGAACAGCGCCUGCUGAUCAAGGAACGACUGCGGGGGCUGGGACUGGUACCGACACUGGCGCGGCAGUUGGCGGUACCGCUACUGGGGUGACAGAUCAGGGUCGGCAACAGGGAACGGGUGAUGAGAAAACAAGCGCACUUGGGGGAAAGAGCGGACCUGAGUCAACAGAUCCGGGUACUACUCAGACCGGUAGUGAGGCUGCUGUAAGUGCAGGCGCAGUGCACGAGCAGAAGGGUCCUGGUGAAGUUGCUGCAAGUACGAGCGCAGCGCCUGAGCAGAAGCAGCAAUGCUCCAGUGCUGUAAGUCAGCAAGAAGGGGAACGCGACGAUCAGAAUGUCCCAGAGCGUUCACAGAGCGGCGACAUCGGCCAGACUCGUGCGCAGGGAACCGCAGAGGACCGCCCUCAGCAAAUGGGUGAACGGCUGUCCCAGCAGAAGGUAGAUGAACAAUGCAAAGCAGAACAAAAGGGUGUCCGACAGGAGGGUGGACAACAGAGCAGAUGGGCGGGCCCGGGGGAAGGACGGUGCGAACUGAUUCAUUUCCAGGGUAUCUCGACGGACGAAGGAGAUGAACAACCAUCUUUACAAACGGCAGAAAAAUCCCGUUAGCCAGGACAGAUUUACCACGGUGCCCAGUAGGAAGGUGGACAACAGGGCAGUCACUAGUCAAGCGUGCUACGCAAGAGGCUCGGAGGAAAAAUACGUUUCCAGGAUUUUCAGGGUUGCGGUAUCGUAGGAAUGAAAAUGAAACAAAUCAGCGGCUUCCAGGGUUGUCUCUGACUAACCCUGACGGUAAUCAUUAGUAGGUGUCAUUAAGAGAAAAUCUAGGUACCGGAAUGUAAAAUUGAUUCUUAUCAGUAGUAUGUUAAUUUUAC